AUGCCGCAUUCCCCCUGCCGCAACCCCCCUUCUGCAUUCCCCAUACCGCAUCCCCGAUUCCGCAUCCCCCCUGCCGCAUUCCCCCUGCCGCAAUCCCCUAGACGCAUUCCCCUUGCCGCGUUCCCCCUUCUGCAUUCCCCUUUCCUCAAUCCCCCUUCCGCAUUCCCCUGCAUGCCUCAUACUCACCCCCUCGUGCGCGACGCCAUUCACAGGGGCCCGGUAGUUGGCACUGCCUCGUCUGCACCCCUCCCCCACCUCCGCUUCCUCAUGCUGCUCUGGCAAGAUUCUCUGUCACAGUCUCUCUGUAUUCCCCUUCUCUCCUCCCCUGUCCCAUCUCUCCUCCUCUGUCCCAUCUCUCCUCCCCUGUCCCAUCUCUCCAUCUCCCCAUCUUUCCUUCCCCCCUCUGUACCCCCUCAGUACCCCCUCUCAUUUCCGUCAUUUCCCCCUCUGCUCCUCAUUUCGGCCGCAGCUUAUACUAAGGGGGCUCAUUUCCCCCUUAGUGAUUCCCAUUUCCCUCUAUGUUUCCCCUCUUUUUCCCAUAUGCUUCCUCGCAUAUCCCCCCUUUUCCGCCCCUUCUUUUUUCAUCUCCCCACCCUUCCACCGCCUCACCCCAGCCUAAGGCACAACUCCCUCACACAAGGCGCCACGUCCGCCAAGGCAAAGAGGACAAAAUCAACGAUUUUGCACGAGGUGAGUCAGCCUUAUUCCACCCUUCCGUGCCCUGCCAUUCCACCCCUGCCCUUCCCCUUCUGCCCUGCCAUUCCCCCACCGCCCUUCACUACCUGCUGCGCUCUUUCCCCCAUUCCCAUUCCCUCCCUGCCCUGCCCUUCCCCCACUGCCCUUCCCUCUCUCCCUACCCUGCCCUCCCUUCCCCCUCAUCAUGCCAUCAAUUUCCCCCCUGCUAGCCCUCCCUUCCCCCUCAUCAUGCCAUCUGUUGCCCCCCCUGCUAGCCCUCCCUUCCCCCUCAUCAUGCCAUCACUCUCCCCCCUGCUAGCCCUCACUUCCCCCUCAUCAUGCCAUCACCCUCCCUUCCCCCUCAUCAUGCCAUCGCUAGCCAGCCCUCGCCCAUGCGGGAGCCAGCGCAGCUGUCGCCUGAAGCAGAUUAACGCGUACGGGAGGAGCUGCGUUGACGGGCAGUGUGUGCGAGGAGGAGGGGACGCAGCCGCAAUUGAAGAGCAGCCGCACGAGGUGGAGGUGGAGGCCCAGGUGCAAUGUGGAGUGGCCGAGGCCAAGGUUGGUAUGUUGCUGCAGCAGGUGGCGGCAUCCCAGCAGGCAGAGCUGGCUCUCAAGAUACAAGGUGUGGAGCAGGAGGGGCAGAGGGCUGCCCUUGCCGGGGAGCUGAAUGCAUGCCGUGCAGAACAGGAAAGAAUUGCCGCUGAACUUGGAAGAAUUGCUGCUGAGAGGGACCGAUUCUUUGGGGAAGCAGCACGGCUGCGCGUUGAACGGGAGGUGAUGCAGAAGCAGGUGGAGGAGAAGGAGAGGGCAUUGGGGCAUGCAGCAAUGCAGCUAGCAGCUGCUAACGAGAGAAGUGCAGCUGUGAGGGACAAAGCUGCAAUGCAAGAAAGACAGCUGAGGGCAGAUUUGGAAGAGGCACAAAAGCGGAUGGGGGUUCUAGUGGAGGAGAAGGAGAGGGCUCUGGAAGAGCAGAAGUGUGCUUUUGAAGACGCUCUUGAGGGAGCAAGGAGGAAAGUGGUGGAGGUAGAAGAUGUUGCAAGAGAGAAGGUGAGGUUGUUGGAAGAUGUGAGAGAGAAGGUGAGAAAGUUAGAAGAGGAGAAGAGGACGUUGCAGGAGGCGUUUGAGGGUUUGAAGAGACAGCAGGCAGAGACGGAAGCUGCUGGGAGACAACAGGUGAUGGCGUUGGAAGGGCAAAAGUGGAAAUUGGAGGAGCUGGUUGUGGAUUUGAAGAGAAAACAUGUUGAGGCGGAAGCUGCUGGGAGAGAGAAGUUGAGGGUGUUGGAAGGGCAGAAGAGUCAGAAUUCUCUGUUCAAACUCGCUGCUGUCAGAGACGUUCCCUUGUCAGUGAACUACGAAUUUGAACCACAGGAUUUCACUUCAGAGCUCUCGAACUCCUUCCCUACCCUCCCGAAGCCGAGCUAUCCCGAACUCAAUGACACCCGAGUGCGGUUCAGUGAGUUUCCACACGGUAGUUAG